AUGAAGGACUGCGCAGGUAGUGACUCCAGUGCGACUGACGAGCGAGCGCCCGGGCCCGCCUCGGCACCACGGCUUGCCCAACAGCUAGCUCAUUCACGAAUCCAGGAUCUAUCCUCGCUUCAGGAGAAGCUUGUAGAGAUGGAGGAGUACACGCGCAAGUUGGUGGCAGUCCAAGGCGAGGUUAAAGGUUUGUUGGACCAAGAAAACGACAACGCGUUCGAGCUGCUCUCCAUGUUGGUUAACGACACGUCUGAGGAGAAGACGAAUGUGCCCACAUUUUCUGUGCUUUUAGCCGAAUGCUGCAAGAUGCUGCAGGAGAAGUAA